AAUGUACAGCGCAAGUUCGGUAAAUUGAUGAAGCGGUCUGCCGACGGUUCAGACGUCGGAAACAUCAUCAGUGAAUUCAACACCGCGGACCUAGCCCUUGGCAGUGUACUGACUGGAGUCUCUAGNUUCAUUGAUGCAACAAAAUCAUGGCGCGAUGCUUGGGAUGAAACACUGAAGACACAACUCUCCAUAGCAGAAACAUUGCACUUGCUGUACAAGCCCAUCGAAGUCGAAGAUGAUCCGGACAAUUCUACACAGCACAAACCGGCUCCAACCCCCCGAAGAUAUCUGGAAAAGGCUAGCGAUCUGCAAAACAUCUACUCAAAUCUUGGAAAGGACCUAAGCACCGAGAUCAAUUCUAUUGAACCCAGACUCUUGAGACCUGCCAUGGAUGCCAAGGAUUCUUUCAAGAUGCUCAAAAAAUCAAUCAAACGAAGAGAAGAUCUGAAGGAUACAAGGUCCGCCAGAGAGGAGAAUGCCUUGAUGAAACACGAGACCGAUCUCGCCCGAUCCGAUGCUCUCAGAAGAGUCUUGCCCCCUUUGUUGGAUGCUCUGGCAAACCUCUUCCCACACCUGCUCGCCAUACAAAUCAUGAUUCAAUAUCAGCUUGUAGGCCAAAUGUACACCCAUCUCCACGAGUAUUGCCAAACACAUGGACUGCCCUCACCCGCUCCAGCUCUAGAGCAGGUCGUUUCGACGUUCGAAAAUGAAUUCACACCAUUUCGUGAGGACCUUGAGCGUAACAUCAAGACUCUCUCGACAGGCAAAGCUGUACAUCAACCUAUGAGUAUCCCGGACAAACAACAAGGCACUGUCACUGGGCUUGGUCUGCGCAAUAGGGUUACUAGGAGAACCAGCAGCCAAGGAUCACUGCCAAAACCUAGUAUGCCAGGACAACUACGCAUCGGGUCAGGCGACGUCGAUGAUGAGCCAGCACCUGUAAAGCCUCCUAGACCUGGUCGCAUAUCUUCUAGUAAUAGACUGCACUCGCACUACGAGGAUACGGCUACACUCAACUCUCAUUACGAGGACGAAGAGGCGCCCCCAGUAAAGCCACCUCGACCUGGAGCAGCUCCUAGUAUCGACAUGGGAAGCAAACCACGGAUCCCUUCUAGUUCCAAGCCUUCUCCGAUGGCUACGCCAGAUGGUUACGCCAACGGCGGAGCAGCUCGACCAAUGUAUUCGGCUUCGAGUACACCUAGUUCAUCGUCGACCCCAUUCUUGACGCCUUCUUCGUCGCAUCAGAAUCAGGGGUCAGACUACUUUGGGCGAGAGCGCAAGCCUUCCACGUCGUCUGGAACAUUCAGUGUCACGGGCAAGAAGAAGCCUCCGCCGCCUCCACCAAAGAAGCGAUUGUCAUCAUCUCAGGGUGAAUUCGUCACGGCUCUGUAUGAAUUUGCUGGUCAGGGGUCAGGAGAUCUUGCGUUCCGUGAAGGUGACAGGAUCAAGGUGGCGAAGAAGACGGCAUCCACAGAUGAUUGGUGGGAGGGAGAAUUAAAUGGAGUGGUGGGCAGCUUUCCUGCAAACUAUGUCAAGGUUGGAUAA